AAAAAAGGAAUUUUGAUUUCCGAGAAAGAAAGACGGAGCAGAAGGGAGGAUGCCGGUACCGAUGGGUCGGCUCGGUGUCUUUGUCGCCGUGACCUUGUGCCUACUAGCAAGGCCGCCAAUGGCGCUUGCUACCGCUCGGGCCAAGGCCAUUGAGAGGUCCAUCGACUUGACGAGUGGUAACUUUGGCAAUGCUCUUGAGGAGGAGGAUGUGCGACAACGGCACCCGCACGAGGUACUGGAUAAGCCGAGUAAAUUCGACCUGAAUGUCGGUCAAUACAUGGAAACGGAUGAUGAAGGCUUGUUGGCAGGCGAACGAGUCGGAGGCGCGAGCUUGGGAAAUGGUGUAAAAGUUAAGCCAUUUGUUCAGAAACCCACAAAAGCUGCAGCAAGUACAUCAGAAGAAAAUAGUGUUCAAAUUUUGAAGUUCUUGAAAUGCAAUAAUGAAACAAUUUCAGUGAAGUGUAUAAAGGGAAUUGAUAAUUUUUUAAGGACGGUUUCGACGGUGGAUAAGCUACAAAUUACUGACUCUAUAGAAAUUGCAAAAAAAAAUAAAGCUAAUUCAGGAGACGAACUAAAACCUCUACAUAAUGUGAAUAAUACAUCCUUGAUAGACACAAUUCAUAGGUUUGCUCGUAAUCAUGUAGUGAAGAUAAAAUUGUGGAAUGAUUUACUUUCGCCCAGAGAUUCACGCACGUUCUUCGGUACAUUCGGCUUAAAGAAGUUGCUGUUGCCAAUCUUUAUCGGUGCACAGAUUAUUAAAAGCAUCCUCAUAGCAUUGUUCCUGCCCAGUAUCAUAGGCAGUCUCGGCAAGAUUGUUGGAAAAGGUGUCACCUCGUUCGCGCAGUCUUCGCAAAAUCCUCAGCAAGCGCUCGAGGAGAAUUACGAAUUCAAAGAAAAUCAAGACUUGUACAACGACGAUUACAUGAUGCGCCAACCUCUGGGUACGUUGCCCGCCUCGGUCAUGUACGACGAGACUAUGAUGCAGACUAAGGCGCCGGAAAUAGCGUCGCGAUAUUCCUUUGUCGAUCCACGGCUCACACCCAUGGGUGCCUUGUCCGAUAGAUAUUACACUAGACACGCUGUUAAUCCACAGAUGAAGAGACAGGACUUUAAGGUAUUUCAUGAGAUCCCAACGAGUUCUCUCUUAUUGACCAACUACGAUCCAUUCUACUCGCCACUUCUGUCGCGUCUUGAUGCCGUCUUUUCGCGUCUCGGACACACUAGCGAGGGUUGCCGCGAAUACGCGGUCUGUGCGAUGUAUCGGAGUCCAGCUCGAUACGCUCCCUAUUCGAAUCUCGUAUCCGCUCAACUGUCACGGGAGUUGAACGAGCUGCGCAAGCCGAGCUCCGACAAUCCCGAUGUACUACGAUUCUUCCGGUACAUGAAGGCGGCUAAGGACGGCCAAGACGGAUUGCGCUGCGAGGAUCUGUACGAGCAUUGCGAAAGCGCCCGGGACGAUCAGACCAUAAGGCAGAAUCAGGCAAUGCUUGCCACGUACCAGGAUAUCGACAAGCUCGUGCAUGCCAGGAAACUUUAGGCUGGUCCUGAAUUCGUGUCUGCCAGGAAGCUCUAGGCUGGUCCUCGACUCAAUGUUCUCAUAACUUGCUUUUGUCCUUGCUGCUAUUGCGGGUCAUGAGAAUUUUGUCAAAUACGUGAUAGGAUGCCGUGUAUAAAAUUAGUCUGCAUUCAGUGUCUGGUUAAGUUUGACUUAUCGACUCUACUCAAACUAUUGGAUAUUGCAUUAGUCUUUAUAUAAUUUUUAU